UCCACUGUCACGCGCGCCGCGUCCAAAUAAAUACUCCCCGCGAUCGCGACCGCCGACCUCACCCCUACCCCAGUUGCCGCCCUCACCGGCUGCCUUGCCUCGCCGACCGACCUGCCCCUUCGAUGCCCUGUCUUCUUCCCUGACGGCGCAGGACCCCAGCAGGCCGCGACCGGCCCAUGACCGCCAAGAACAACCUUAAGCAGCAGCACGCGUUGCCCAUGGUGGUGGCCGGCAUGGCCGCCACCCCGGCUUGCCCCGUCCGCACCAAGCUCCUGCUCUGCGCCGCCCUCGGCUUCGCGCUCGGCGUCGCGGCCACCGUCUCCCUCCUCACGAGCUCCGCCUCCCCCUACACGGCCUCGCUCCACGCCCACGGGGGGGCGCUCGCCGGGCUCUUCCUGCCGGCCUCCGCCACCGCCGCCGCGAACGCCGUCCGGGACGACCGGCAGCAGCAACCGCCCGCGGCGCCGCGCCCGCCGCGGCCGGAAGGACAAGGGCCGCCGGCGCCGGCCGUGCCCGCCCCGGCAACGAUCCGGCGGCCUCGGUCGUGGACGGAGCGGCCGCCGGCGGCGGGCAUUAGCGCUAUCACUACUACUACUGCCCCUCCGCCACCGACGCCGGCCGGCGGUGCCUUCCUCAGCAGCGGCAGCAUCGGCGACGACGACGAGGAGCUGAUGGCCCUGGCGGCGUCGGCGCCGCGGGCGGUACCGCCCGGCGCGGCGCCCAAGGUGGCGUUCCUGUUCCUGACGCGCUGGGACCUGCCCAUGGCGCCGCUGUGGAACAGCUUCUUCCACGGCCACCGCGGGCGCUACAACGUCUACGUGCACACCGACCCGGCCUUCAACGGCUCCGAGCCGCCGGAGACCUCCGCCUUCCACCGCCGGAGGAUCCCCAGCAAGGAGGUGAAAUGGGGCCACGUGAGCAUGGUGGAGGCGGAGCGCCGGCUGCUGGCGCACGCGCUGCUGGACGACCCCUCCAACGCCCGCUUCGUCCUCCUCUCGGAGUCGCACGUCCCGCUCUUCGACUUCCCCACCGUCCACUCGUACCUCGUCAACUCCACCCAGGUGUUCCUCGAGUCCUACGACCAGCCCGGCGCCACGGGCCGCGGCCGCUACAGCCGCCGUAUGAGCCCCGUCGUCGCCGCCGCGCAGUGGCGCAAGGGCUCCCAGUGGUUCGACCUGGACCGGGGCCUCGCCGCCGACGUCGUUGCCGACCGCGUCUACUUCCCCGUCUUCCGGCGCUUCUGCAGCCGGGGCUGCUACGCCGACGAGCACUACCUGCCCACGCUGAUCAACAUCCGGCGGCCGGCGGCGGCCGCCAACCGGAGCCUCACGUGGGUCGACUGGUCCCGCGGCGGCCCGCACCCGGCGCGGUUCACCAGGAUGCAGGUCACCGUCGACUUCCUCCGGUGGCUCAGGAGCGGCACCACGUGCACGUACAACGGCAGGACCACCGACGUGUGCUUCCUCUUCGCCAGGAAGUUUUUGCCAAACUCGCUCACCAGGUUCUUGAGAUUCGCGCCCAAGGUCAUGGGUUUUGGCUAACCAAACCAUGGGCGCAUGAAGGGCUCAUUAAAAUUGACGUCAGACACGGGUCAAAUCACAUUCUUUCAUUCAUGUGUUAGUUGUUCCGGAUGUGUGAGUGUAAAGGGGAUGGAUUAUUUCUUGUAAUUCAAAUUCUUCUUCUUUUGUAAAGGCAACUCUCUCGAAUACAAAAUGCAUGUCGUUUAGGAUCCAUGCAUGCUGGUCAAACUUUUUAUUUUUGACCACCGAUGUUUAAAAAACACACUAAGAAUA